CUCUAUCGUCCGUCUCUAGUGGAACGCGCUCCCGUGAACAAUAGCCUGCCACUUUGGGCGUAAUGACAGGCUCGCGCUGAGGAGCCUGUGACGAGUCGACUAGCCUCUCCUCUCCUCUUGUGUCCACGUCUACAGUACGACUCUACUCUGUCUUCAGCAACUGUGUCUGCAACUGUCUUGACUAUCUCCGCAGCACAGAGGGAGCGGGAAUACGUUUGGUGUCGGACUAUUAUAACACGGGGCAGGGCAGAGCAGAGUUUUCUCUACCACCGCUGAACUGUAGCUUCUAACAUUUGACGAUGCCUCGGUCCGGGCCGGUUUUCUUGAGUUUGUGCUUUGCGAAAUGGCUCGUGGUAGCUGUGUGCAACCCGGGGCCGCUCGAGGACGUGGUGGUGGACCGCUACUAUGUGCCCGAGCACUGCGCGAGGACAGUGACGGACCGAGAUUUUGUCCGGUACCACUACAACGGGACUUUUGUCAACGGAAAACAGUUUGACUCCAGCCAUGACAGGGGUGUGGCCUUGACGGUGCAGUGUGGGCGUGGCCGGCAGCUUCCUGGAGUGGAGAAGGGCAUCAUGGGAAUGUGUGUUCUGGAGAAACGACGAAUCGUAGUUCCACCGCACCUGGGGUAUGGACGCACAGGGGCAGGUGAUGUGAUAAAGCCGGACACGGUGCUGGUGUUUGACGUUGUGCUGCUGGACGUAUGGAACUCAGCUGAUCGCACCCAGACGAUCUCCCUCUCGCGCCCCCACGGCUGCGCGCGCUCAGUGCAGAGGUCCGACUUCGUACGGUUCCACUUCAACGGAACACUACUGGAUGGAACAGAGUUCGACUCCAGUUACUCUCGCUCACAGACACAGGACUCAGUGGUGGGGGAGGGGUGGCUGAUCUCUGGCCUGGAGGAGGGCCUACUGGGCAUGUGCGUAGGAGAGAGGCGGAGCCUAACUAUACCACCAUUCAACGCAUACGGAGAGAAGGGAUACGGUCUGAACGUGCCCCCCCAUGCUACUCUUCAGUUCAGUAUCCAGUUGGAGGACCUCCACAACCCCAAAGACAAGGUCACCGUGGAAACGCUGUUGCUACCGGCAACCUGCCCUAGACGCAGCCAGUCAGGAGACUUCAUGCGAUAUCACUACAACGGAACCUUCCUGAAUGGCCAGGGGUUCGACUCCAGCUAUAGUCGUAACCAUACGUAUGACACGUAUCUUGGCCGGGGGUUUGUGAUCGCCGGGAUGGAUGAAGGUCUACAAGGAGCAUGUGCAGGAGAGAGUCGACGAAUCACCAUGCCCCCUCACCUGGCAUAUGGACAGAAUGGAGCAGGUAACACCAUCCCUGGCUCUGCUGUGUUGGUGUUUGAUGUGUACGUUGUGGAUUUCCAUAAUCCUGCUGACCAGGUGGACAUCAAGAUCACACAUCAGCUAAACUGCAGCCAACGCAGCGACACUCACGACCACCUGAGAUACAACUACAACUGCUCUCUACUGGACGGAACUCUACUCUUCACCUCGUCGUCCCCUCUGGAUGUGGUUCUGGGUGCUGAUAAAGUGAUUGACGGCUUGGAGGCGGGACUUCAGGAGAUGUGUGCCGGCGAACGCAGAACGGUCACGAUACCCCCCCACCUAGGACAUGGCGAGAGAGGAGCGGGUGAUGUGCCCGGUAGUGCGGUGUUGGUGUUUGAGGUGGAGCUGGUGUCUCUGGUGAAGGGCAUUCCAGAGGGAUACCUGUUCAUCUGGCUCGACGAGCAGCCCAAAGACCUCUUCAGGGAACUGGACACCAACCAGGACGGAGAGGUCCCUUUAGAGGAGUUCUCGGCGUUCAUCUUGCAGCAGGUGUUGGAGGGCAAAGGUCGCUUGAAGCCGGGGGCGGAACCUGAUGAGGUAAUCGCUGACAUGUUUAAAAACCAGGACAGGGACGAAGAUGGCAGAAUCACCGCCGACGAACUGAAGCUCAAGACAGAAGAGGACGCAGAGAAGACUACACACGAGGAACUAUAACACACACACACACGACACAAGAAGUAACUAUGUACAACACACACACACACACAAACACACAAGAGGGACUAUAACACACACUCACAGUUGAAUACACUGCCUUUAUUUGUUACAGCAGGAAGAUCAAAUCGGAACACCCACACGUAUACACACACACACACAUCUGCUGACAGCUUUGACGCAAUCCCCCCCAUCCCCUUGGCCUAGGACAAGUGACCGCUGUUGGCUUCCUUGCACACACGCAAAUGCACACACAUACACACCAUUGUACA